AAUAAGCUAACCAACCCGACCCCUUCAUUCACCCAAAGGAUCCCUCCCCAUAUCCUUCCUUCCAUUCAAAAAUCACAGGCAAACACAGAAAGCCAGACUCAUUCAGCCAUGGCUAACAUGAUCAUGGCAUCCUCCAAUGUCAAGCCCCUCAUUUCACCAGCUUCCUCCAGACCCAAAUUCAUCCAAAUCCCACAACCCCAACUCUCUCUCACCAAACUUUUCUUUCAACAAAUCCCUAAAAAACUCCUCUCCCUCUCUUCCUCGACUCUCAAACCCCUCUCUCUCCUGGCUAUCUCUUCCUUAACUUUUACGCCUCCCUCUUUGGCCGCCGAAAUGGAAAAGGCUGCUCUUUUUGAUUUCAACUUAACUCUACCAAUCAUCAUGGUUGAAUUCUUGCUCCUCAUGUUCGCUCUUGACAAAAUUUACUUCACUCCUCUGGGAAACUUCAUGGACGAGAGAGACGCCGCCAUUAAAGAGAAGCUUAACAGCGUCAAGGAUGUCUCUGAGGAGGUGAAGCAGUUGGAGGAACAAGCUGCUGCCAUUAUGAGAGCUGCGAGAGCUGAAAUAUCUGCGGCUUUGAGUAAGAUGAAGAAGGAGACACAACUGGAAGUUGAACAGAAACUGGCUGAAGGAAGAAAGAAAGUAGAGGCUGAGCUGCAGGAGGCUUUGGCUAAUUUGGAGAGGCAAAAGGAAGAAACUAUAAAGUCUCUUGAUUCUCAAAUUGCUGCACUCAGUCAAGAAAUUGUCAACAAGGUCCUUCCUGUUAAAUAAUUUGUAUUACUUCCAUAUAUGCUUUUGAGCUAUGUUGAUUGAUUUCUGUAAUUAAACAAUAUUCAAGUGUUAUAAUAUACUCCCUUUAUAA